UGUGUGUACUCGAAUCGGCACUGACUAGAUAAUAGAAUUGACUACGUCGAAGUACUGUUUUUCCACAUUGUCAACAAAGAAAUCAUCGUAAACGAACAGCUAAAUUAUCUCGGAAGCUAAUGGCAGAUCAUGAAGUUGUCAGUUCAAAAAGAUAAUAUUCACGUAGAAAAGUUUUCGAACAUCCGAAAACUCGUAUAACAGGAAAAUGAUUAUGGAAGUAAAAGAAUUAACUAUGUCAUGUUGGAUCGCAUUUCAAGGUCAUACAAUAAACAAUUUUAGCACGAAGAAUUGUAACCAAAGAAAUGUCUAGUCAAUUUGAUUCGAUGUUUAUUUUGAGCACUUGCACAUAGUUGGUUUUGGGGAUGGUUUAGCUGGUCUGGCUCAUCCUCUACUAUGUUACGCGCUGCAGAAAAGAAAAUUCUGUCCUGUUUAAAAACUGCAUACAGAGGAUGGUAUGUAGAUAUAGGACCAGUUGUGGGAUCAUCUGAUAAAAUAUGGACAAUCUCAUUGAACGAAGAGUCACCAAAGACACCGAUUGUUUUGUUACAUGGUUUAGGAGCAGGUGUAGCACUUUGGUGUUUGAAUCUUGAUGCGUUAGCUUCUCAAAGACCAGUAUAUGCUAUUGAUGUAUUAGGCUUUGGUAGAAGUAGCCGUCCAGUUUUUAGCAAUGAAGCACAAGAAGCUGAAAAUCAGUUAGUCCGUUCCAUUGAAGAAUGGAGAAGAGAGAUGCAAUUAGAAAAAUUUGUACUACUUGGUCAUUCAAUGGGUGGUUUUCUUGCGGCAUCAUACACUAUUCAACACCCGGAAAGAAUUAAGCAUCUUAUUCUUGCUGAUCCUUGGGGCUUUCCUGAAAGACCUGUUGAACGAAUUGCAAGAGUACCUAUGUGGGUGAAAGUUAUAGCAUAUAUAGUACAACCAUUAAAUCCAUUAUGGCCAGUUAGAGUAGCUGGACCAUUUGGACAGUGGUUAAUAGAAAAAACGAGACCUGAUAUAGUAAAGAAAUUUACACCUAUUUUAAAAGAUGAUACUCCUAUAAUUUCACAGUAUUUGCAUCAGUGCAAUGCUCAGACACCAUCGGGUGAAAGUGCAUUCCAUGCAAUGAUGCAACAUUUUGGCUGGGCCAAAAAUCCUAUUGUUAGAAGAAUAGAUAAAUUAAGUCCAGAAAUUCCCAUAACUCUCUUAUAUGGUAGUCGAUCAUGGGUUGAUAAUUCGUCUUGGGAAACAUUAAAACAGGCUAGAUCAUCAUCUUAUAUCAAUGUUCAGGCAAUAACAGGAGCAGGUCAUCAUGUUUAUGCUGAUAAAAGUGAAAUUUUUAAUAAAUAUGUAUUGGAAGCAUGUAAUUUAAGUGAUUCGAUGCCCCAUUUAACAUCAGUAAAUGUUCGUUCAAGCAAUAAAAUUGCGAAUGAACAACAAAUUGACCUUAUUUUACCAAAUGAUGAAGAAGUUGGUACAAAAGCCAUACAAGAGCAGGAAUUAAAUACAUCACAAACGCGAUCUAGUUGAAGUUUAAUAUAAUAUUUU